AACGAAUUUUCCUGGCAAGGAAGAAUUAAUCACUUUUCCCGAUAAAGGGAAAAAAUUUUCGUGUGUAUGCUGCCGGCCGACGGUUUUUCUCUCUCUAUCUUCGCCUAUCCUCUUGCCGUGUAGCGGUGGUUGUGCAGCCGGCGAUCCGCGAGCGCUGCCGCUUUGUUUGAUGGAGAAUAAUCCGCAACCAUCAGCAGGUGGUGGCUCUCCACCAAAACCUUGGGAAAGAGCUGGGUCAUCUUCUGGUCCUGCACCCUUUAAACCCUCCUCUCCAGGCAACACAAGUGAUGUAGUGGAGGCGUCAGGAACAGCUAAUCCCGGUGAAAUUGUCACAGCAGCUGACAGGAAUACAGCUGUUAACAGGAACGCAGUUGCUCGGCCCGUACCCUCCCGGCCUUGGGAGCAGCAGCAGCAAUAUGGCAGCACCUAUGGAGGUUAUGGUUCAGGUUUAAACUACAAUUCUGGUUAUGGAAUGGGAAUGUCUUCAUAUGGUGGAUAUGGAUCAGGCGGCAUGUACGGUGGUGGGUUGUAUGGUAACAACAUGUAUAGAGGAGGUUAUGGUGGAUUAUAUGGAGCCAAUGGAGGUGGCAUGUAUGGUGGGGGAAUGUACAACAGUGGUUUGGGAGGCCAAAUGGGUGGUUACGGUAUGGGUAUGGGUAUGGGCAUGGGGGGGCCAUAUGGAGAGCAAGAUCCAAACAAUCCAUUUGGCGCCCCUUCAUCUCCACCAGGCUUCUGGGUUUCCUUGAUGCGGGUGAUGCAAGGUGUUGUUACUUUUUUCGGCCGGGUUGCAAUCCUGAUAGACCAGAACACCCAGGCAUUCCACAUGUUUAUGACUGCAUUACUUCAGGUGUGUGAUCGUUCGGGGUUAUUGUAUGGGGAGCUAGCUGCGUUUGUCCUGAGAAUACUAGGAGUUAAAAGAAGGCCUAAGAAAGUUCAUCACCCUGGUGCUCAAGGGCUCCCCGGUCCUCACAAUCCUCAUGGGAAUCAAAAUUUCAUCGAGGGACCUAAGGCUGGUCCCACUGGAGGCUGGGACAAUGUUUGGGGUAAUAACCCGAACAAUUGAGGACUUGACUUGGACGCAUCACUUCUGUUUUGACCUGCGCAGUCAUUUUGAGGCCAGUCUGCCCGAAAGCAAGAGGACAGACAAAUGCGAUGUUAUUGCUUUCUGUAUGGAGUGGAACUGCCAUACUGCUGUUGUUGCCUUACCAAUAGCUUAAAUCAUGAAUGUCCUCUCUCUCUCUCUCUCUCUAUAUAUAUAUAUAUAUAUACAUAUAUGUUCAUUUGGAUGGAAACUGGUAUUUGUUGUUAGAAACAUGGUUAUUAUAGAUCAAAAUUUGUUGUGUCCUACAACACCCUAAGCAAAAAGGGUGAAGACA